UAAAAGUCUAGUUGAUCGAAGAUGUUAUAGCAGCGCAGUCAGUUCAAGUCCCUGUCCGGAAAAAAUGAAGUUCUCGCUGAAAAUCCAUCUUCUCGUUGUUCCGGUCCUCUACUCCACUACCUUAGUCGAUUUUUAUGGUUGGGGUAGCAGGACGACUCGUAGAGGGCCACUUUCGACGUCGACGUCGACGUUUUUCGUGAGUGCUUUUCCUCCUAGAGUGCGGAUCGUUUCAUCUGACCUGCCUGGAUGUUGCGACGCCCUUGCAGGGGAGGUCGACGACGAGGCGGUUGUAGCUAUGCCUUGGCGGGAGAGUUUGUUAUGUCCUGAUGGAUACUAACUUGGAAAAUUCUGUUCCUCUAAUAGAAGUUCUUGUGUUAUGCUCUUUAAUAUACUAACUUGUAGAAUGACAAUGCUUCUUUGAUAGUUCUUCUGUGCAGGAUCCAAAGAAGAUAAGCUAACAACCUCUUCAGUCUGAGAGCUUCUAAGGCCAGAAGUAGGACCUUCGUCAUCUUUUCGCAAGAUCCAAUCCAUAUCGCAUUUUCCACCAACUCUAAUUCCGGAGCAGGUGACAUUGUGGGAUCUCAGACGAGCGAUUGCGCAAUCACCUUGCUGUGAGAACGCCUCUUACGAAGUGUAUCGACCAGAUGCGCACUUUAGCCGGAUUCGCGGUGGGCCGCUCUUCACAGCAGGUGUCCCGAUGCGAGAACACCCCAUGCCUAGAGACGCGGUUGAUUCGCAAGUGCGGCCUUUCAAUAUUAUGGCUAGUAUAACUAUCACUAUUUUUGCGCGAGGUAUCUAUCCUGUAUGGGUUCUCCUUUGAUAAACUCAAGGGGACUUUAAGGUGAGGAAGGAAAGCCACUCGCUCGGCCGCGGAGUGUGCGACUGAUCAUCUAGCGCUAACAAUACAAUCGAGGAGGUUACCAAUGGUCGUGUAUUUGGCCCUGCCUUGUUAGAACUUGGUCUUGCGGCAUGGGGCACAGACGAUGAGCAUAACGCAACGAUGGGAUGGAACAUUGGGGAAACUUAUGAAAGUGUAUUUAUUGUCAUGCUGAAAUAGAAGACUCAAAUCAGAUUCAAAAAGUGGAAUGAUAGAUUUGAUUCAUCAGAUUCAAAGGACCCUGUGUUUACUACACUGAUGAGUGAAGAACUGUUUUGUGCUUGUUGUGAUCAUUUGUAAAAAUCUCAUUUCUGCAAGGAUACGAGUGCCGCAUUCAGGCGAAGAUUUUGAGACUUCCCUUUCAUAGCAAUCGACCACAGGCAGGUGGUACUGAGGUGAUCACUACCGAACGACGUGGGGCUGUAGAAGGGCCUGUCAAUGGCGUUGCGGUGGAGCAUAACAUUAGGGAUGCAGUGAAAAUGACUUUGCUAAAUAUAUGGGGAACGCUGAGGCGUUCACCUGCGUCAGGACGGUGAUUGACUAAAAUAGGAGUGCCCCUUCUAGAUGGGGUAGAAGUACCUCGAAACUGCACAUGAAGUGCUCCCAUAUCUAACGACGACGACAAUAAUUUGUUGCAGUCUUUGCGGACAGCGACCAGGGAACGCUGGUUAAGACAGGCUAGGUGAUGAGUACUGUGCAGCUUUUGUUUCUACUUGUGAAGUUGUUCGACGAGUGAACUAGAUGCUGGCAAUCAUCUAUUAUGUCGUGAAAAAGAUGCUGAUGCUAUGAUCAUUAGUAUGUUUGAGAAGUCUUUGGUGGAUAGUGUCGCAAUAUAAGCGAGAGGCUGCCUUGUCAAGGAAGACAUUGUCCCUGUUCCAAUUUCAAACGUGACUGCUCGGCAAAUGCUCCAGAUGAACCGACGUUCACGCACUGCCGAUCACGUUGAGCAGCCAGCUAGGAUCCGCCUGACCCGUUGGCCCUUCUAUCCUCGUGCCGCGGAAUUUUUAGGCGCCUUGGCUGUCAUGGAACGAGAUAUGGAACGAAGCAUCGAUGAUGCAAGUAUCGAUGAUGCAAGACUCGAAUCUUGCGAUCAUUCUGAUGAUGGACCCCUGAAGCCAGAACAGAGGAAACGACAAGAAACGCAAGAUGAGACGCCACAACAUUAA